AUGGGACCCUUUAAGUGGAUUAAGAAAAAGAGAGAUGAGUUCCUAUUUUCAUGGAAUAGACGAAGAUAUAGUUACAGAAUGGGCUGGUAUUUUGCAAGAUUGUGUAUUGUAUCCGUGGUAGUUAUUUUACUAAGUUUUAUUUUGUUUUUUUUACAGCGAAACAUAGGCUGUAAAGGUACUAAAUGUGGAUAUUUUAUGACAUUUGCGUGUUCCCCUUGGCAGGUAACAAUAAUAUCAUCGUCGAUAAUAGCUCUUGGAAGUAUUUGUUCAAUACAAGCAGCACUAAGCUGGGUAUUAUCCCGAUUACUAUAUAAUUUUGCAAAUUACAGAACUACUGACUUUAUGGCAUUAGGUAAAUGGGCAUCUCUUUUAGGAGCAUUGGUCAAACAUAUACCUUUUGUAAUAGCAGCAUGUACAAUAUCAAUUGGUAUAAUUUGUAUAUUUGGAAUAAUAUAUAUAUUGGCAGCAAAUGUAUGCCAAAAAUCGUUUUUACCCCAGACUCAAAUACUAGUUAAUAAUUGUCGUCUAUAUAAUGCAAAGUGUAUAUAUAAACCAACGAUUAAUGACAUUUUACAAUGUAACAAUCCCAACUAUAUUAUAUCAUCCAAUUUUUUACAGAUGAGAUGUAGUCCUGGGAUAAACGAAAUAUGUUCAUUUGUUAAUAAAACAAUGGAGGGUAAAAAUCCAUGUCCAAAAAGCUACCUUGGCCAAUAUUUACUAUUAAAAGGCAAUGAUUCUAUUAGUGAAAAUAUAGUCAGUUUAAAUUCCAAUAGUGGUGUUAACAUAACAGAAGAAAGGAAGUAUUUAAUUGACGAAUAUUCUCAUAUUAAUAAUGGUAGUAGUGUGUUAUCGAAUUCACCAUAUAUAUCAUCUAUAGAAGGGAUACCUAAGCAAGAAUUAUUAGAUUUAUAUUUGUUACCCAUUGUCCCAUCAAGCAUUAGUGAGUUGACAAGUAGUACUGGAUUCAGUGAUUUAUACUCAGUAUCAAGAUUGUGGAUUGCAGUAGCAACAUUUAUUUUUUUAUCAACUACUCUGGUAUUUAUUUUUAUAAAAGUUUAUAGCCCACAAGAUUCAUGUUUUUCAUUUGUUAGAAAACCCAACGAGUUUAUAUUAUUAAAAGUAUUAAGUGUAUUCACUCCAUGGCAAUAA